AUGGAUAUUUUGCUUUGGUCAGGGUUUCUGUUGGCCUUUUGUGAAGUUUUGGGAGCAGGUACGACUUUGUUAUGUUUUUUGGCGUUGUCCAAAUGGCGUGUAAUUUUGUAACUAGAAAUAAAGAAAUAUUGACAAUUCAAGCGAUAAGAGUAUAUCAGAAUAUACAGUCGGUUACUCUAGCAUAAUUUUUAAUUAAAACAAUUAUUAUAAUUAUGUAAUAAUCUAUUUCAUAUCACAGAACUACAGCACAUAAUGUUUGCAAGGGCCAAUGUUAUAAUAACAGUAUAAGAUAUCUAUACAUGAACGAAAGGCAAUUUCAAACAUUGAAUAUCAAAGAAUUAAACUUUAUUGUUUGGUACAUAUUUAUCUUACCAAAAACUUAAUAAGUUAACAGCUUUUAAGUGUCAACAGUAUAGUCAUUAUCAUAGAUCAACUAGCGAUUCUGCGGUAGUUAACUUCGCACAAAUUAAUCAGUUUAUUCCGCUUCGUUUCAUUUCGCUAUGCUUCACAACCCGAUAUGUUUUACUAGCCAAAAUAAUAUAUCCAAAUUAACAUGGUUCACCAAUCCGUAAGAAAAUUAUUUCCAAGAAUAUUCGCGCUCUAUAACUAUAACUAUAAAUAUCGCUAUAUCAAAACUUUCAGCUCAAUUUCUUUUGAAUUGAAAAACUGAUUUACUCGGAUGGUUAAAAUUCAAACGAAAUCAAGCAACUGAUAUCGCGAAGACGAAAUCAUGACAGUAUCUCUCUGUUGGUGAAAAUCCUCGCUUAUUCGGAGUAUUUUCUUUUCUAUUUCUUAAAAUUGUCGGCUGAUAAGGGAUUUGCGUUAUAUAAAAACAACUUUACUUCAUGCUGAGUAGCUCAAUUCAGUUCCAAACUGGAGGAGAAGGGGGGGGGGGUACCGAAGUGAAAAGGAUUGGGCAAAUGACAUUUUGGGUGAGUGAAAAGUUGGGUAAAUGAAAAACAGAACAACUCAAGGGUUGGGUAAUAACAAUUUAUUGUCAUUUUCAAAGCUGACUCGCUCAAAUAUUGAAGACUAAAAAGCAGUGUCAACAGUCAUAAGUCAAUACAAUUUCUAAAUCAAUCAAUCAGAUUCACUAUCUUGAUCAUUUUCCGAUUCCUCUGGAGGCAAAUGGUGUGUCCAAAGAAACUACAUGUGCCUACAUGAAACUUGUCUACAUGAAACUUUACACUGCAGAAAAUUGCACAAGCAGUUUACAUCAAACUCAUGUCACAGAAUGAGUGACAACUGAAUUGUAUCCUUUUGUAAAGUUUUUGGCCAGGGUAUUUGGGUAUUUAUUUCAUACCUGAUAUUUGAGGUUGGGUAAAGACAUAUGUUGUCAUGAAAAUGAAACACUGUUCCACUAACAUGCCUCUAUUUUUCUCUAUAUUAGCCAAGCUAUCAGAAACGUACGAGAAAUUCUACACCACAGACGCAAGCUACAGACCUACCACAACUCGACAACACAAUGCUAUGGGCAUCAGCACUCUGGCCAAGUUCUCGAUGCUCAGUAACACGCCAACAUUGUUCAAAGUCAGACGACCAGGACUAAACAACGAUGUCAAUACCGUCUCGUUAGAAUCGAUACAAAAACCAGGGCUCUAUCUUCGAUAUAAGAAUUAUAAAUUUCAUAUGGAAAAAAACGAUGACACGGAAUUAUUUCGUAAGUAAAUUGUAAUGUAAUAUAAUUUAUCAUAUAAGUAAUAGCCCCAUCAGCCAUGGUGUAACUUAACUAUUUUUCCCACUUGCGAUGAGGGCAAGUUAGACAUGAAAAUUGGUUGUCCGAAAUAAAAUUCACUUGCCAUCAUGUCUAGUUUUAUCUUCACAUAUCAGUAAGGAUUGAUUAAUCAACAUUCUAAUCUUAUGUUUUCCUUAACAAAGUCAUUUGAAGACUUUGAUUUCAACUGAUUUACUAGUAAAGAAUCAAAGACAAAAUGCGUAACAUAAACAAGCAAACAAUGUAGUUUAGCAAUGAAUUUCUGACAAAACAACUUGUUCGAUCGUGCAACCUCUACACAUGUAAAAAUGUACAAGUUGUUACAGGUCUGCAAACAAGUUGUUACAAAUCUGUUCACAAGCUGUCGACAAGUUGUGUUCGCACUGCUUGUUCCCAGUUGUUGAAACAAGUUUGGAACAAGCUGUUAACAACUUGUAACAAGCCAUGAUGGCAUUAUUAGACUUGUUACAAGGUUGUUCUAACAAGUCUGAUAGAGUCAUAAUAAACAAGAAUGUUACAACACAAGGUUGUAACAAUAUUGUUAUAUCAUGACUGUAUCGGACUUGCUGGAACAAUCUUACAACAAGUCUGACAAUAUCAACAAGGUUGUUACAAGUUGUUAACAGUGACUUAUAAUGAGACAUCGCAUCGCUGGUCACAAAGGCACAUGUACUACACAUGUAAAAAUCUCACAACUUGUCAACAAGAUGUGUUCGCGACAGGCUUGUAGCAAGCUUCGUGUCAACAAGUUGUAACAAUACUGUUAUUUUAUCAAGUUGCUACAAGGUUAUCACUCACAACUUGUUGACAAAUUGAUGAAUUGCAGGACGGUAACAAGUUGUUGGAACAACUUGUAACAAGUCUGUUGAGCUCACCAACCUUGUAGCAAGUUGUCAACAAGCUGGGAACAAACAGUGCGAAUACAUCCUGUUGACAAGUUGUUGGAACAGCAUUGCUACAAGUCUGCUGCAGGUUUGUUACAACUUGUGCGUUUUUACGUGUGUGACAAGUGCGCCACCAACACGCACACUGAAGUUUUGACUUUCUGUAGAAAAAGACGCGACAUUCCACGAGAAGCUAGGACCGCGCGGUCGAGCUUAUGAACUCCUGGGACGAGACAGCUGGUUCAUGUGUCACACUGAUACCACGCCAUACACACUGAAGGCGCGCUCGGAGAGGAUCGGGACACAAGGUUUCGUCAACAACUGUGUAUAUGUACCAGUGAAACAAGAUAUGGUGGAAAAGAAGAAUAUUGUCAAGACUUUGCCAACUGGUGGAGCUAUGGUAGUCAAUCAUGUGCCGACCACACUGGACACAGGUAUGGUAAUAAUGGUUUGGCCGGUGGUUUUGCUCUAAGACGCUCGAUUCCAGAACUGUUGACAAAAACAGGGCGCCCCCAAUAAUUUCCUCACCCAUUUGGAUUUCUUUUCAUACUUUAUUUAUUUCUUACACAGACAAUUACAAUCAACUUAUAUUAUCCGUAACAGUUUGUUGUUACAUUGCUAUUGUGUAUAUACCAUUGUGAAACUCAAUAAUUCAUGAAGAAAACACAGAAGAAAUCAUGAGCGUGAAGAAGUUUGUAUAUCUGAUACAAAAUCAUGUUGAUUUACAUAAACUUUAAGUUCAAUUUUCUCACCAAAUAUCAUUCAUUUAUUUUUAAUUGUUGAAGAAUACGAAUGUUCUCAUCGAGACGAACGAAUAAACUAAUGAUAUUUGGUGAGAAAAUUGAACUUAAAGUUUCUGUAAAUCAGCAUGAUUUUGUAUCAGAUAUACAAACUCCUUCACGGUCAUAAUUUCUUUUGUGCUUUCUUCAUGAAUUAUUAAUGAGUUUCACGAGUUAUAGAUAAAGCAUGAGCAGCCGUAUUGUAUAUCUGAUACAACACGGACGCAAAUGCUUUAUGUACCGUUUAAAACAUGAGCAGCAGUGUUUUAUCAGAUAUAAGGAUACGAGGCGAAGCCAAGUAUAUUUUGGUCUGACAAAACACGCACUGCGAAUGUUUUAAAUUGCUUCAAAAACGAUGGAUCUAGUAAGUUCAUUGGCGAAGUAAUUUUCAAAAAAUACGUUGUGUAAGUUGAGAAAAUCAAAGAUAAAGUUUAUGUAAAUCAAGGGAAAUCUCUUUCACAUAUAAAGAUACGGUUUUCUUCGUGAAUUAUUAAUGACUUUCACAAAAUGCAUUUCAAAAUCUUGAAUUUUUAAAUGCGAGAAAUUCCUUUCUUCUCCAACAGACAAAUGUAUCAGUAUAAGAUUCGUGAAUCAACUUGGUGGCCCUGUGCGAGUGGUAUCGAGUCUGAAACCCGAAGGUUACUUAGUAACGGCCAACGCUUUUAAACUCAAGACGAUAUUUAAACACGCCAAUCAUAAACAACGUCACGUGAUCUUCUACGCGGAGAACGUGCAAGACAGAGACGAUGACGUCAUGCUAAACAAGAAGAAUGUGUUUACUAUCAAACCUCGUGAGUGUUUGGAAGAUUUUCAGAAUGUGGUUUUGUCAUCACAGUCAAACGCCGCAAGUAAGUGUUUGAGUAUAGUUUAAAUAUAGAGAUCGCGCACAGCGUCUACACGCGUAAAAACGCACAAGUUGCUACAAGUCUGUAAACAAGUUGUUACAAAUCUGUUCACAAGCUGUCGACAAGUUGUGUUCGCACUGCUUGUUCCCAGUUGUUGUAACAAGUUUGAAACAAGCUGUUAACAACUUGUAACAAGCUUGAUGGUAUUAUCAGACUUGUUACAAGGUUGUUCUAACAAGUCUGAUAGAGUCACAAUAAACAAGAAUGUUACAAAGUUGACAACACAAGGUUGUAACAAUAUUCUUAUAUCAUGACUGUAUCGCACUUGUUGGAACAACCUUGCAACAAGUCUGCCAUAAUGUCAUCAAGCUGGUUACAAGUUGUUAACAGCUUGUUCCAAACUUGUUGACAACUUGGGACAAGCAGUGCGAACACAACUCGUUGACGGCUUGUUAGCAGACAUGCUACAAGAUAUGAGAUUUUUACGUGUGUAUACGCGUAAAGUUCUCCCAGCUUGUCAACAAGAUGUGUUCGCACUGCUUGUUCCCAGUUGCUGACAAGUCUGGAACAGGUUGUUAUCAUCUUGUAACAGGGUUGAUGAGGCCAACGGACUCGCAACAAGUUGUUCCAACAAGUCUGAUAUCUGGUCUGCACGUAACAAGUUGUUAACAAGUUGAUGACAACAAGCUCGUAGUAACUUGUUACGAACAGUCUGUAUUAAUCUUCUUGGAACAAUUUGUAGCAAGUCUGUUACCGUCAUCAACCUUGUAACAAGAUGAUAACAACUUGUUCCAGACUUGUCACAACAACUGGGAACAAGCAGUGCGAACACAUCCUGACAUCGGCUGGACAACAACCUUGUUACAACUUGUGGAUGUCUUGAUGGAUAAUCCGUCAUUAGUAAAAAUCAAGUUAUUAAAAUUUAGGACUGUGUUUCGUUUCUCGACAGAUUCCGAUGCAGCAAUAACAGAAGCACAAGACACUCAGACGACACCAACUCCAAACAACGACCUAACUACAUCUUCUCCCAACAACGACCUUACUACAUCUUCUCCCAACAAUGAUCUAACAAAAUCGUCCCCGAACAACGAGGUAACAAAUAACGCACCAAUCCCUCCGCCAUUGGGUAAUGGCACUCUGACACUUCCCGCGUUAAACGACGGAACACCGAAAGCACCAGCAACGUCCGAGACCUCAUCGACACCGCCGGGACUUUCCGACACCUCGCCGAACCAGUCAAGUCUUUCCAAUACUUCGCCUAAGCCGCCGGGUAGUUCCGAUACCACGCCGAAUCAGUUAAGUCUUUCCGAUACAUCACCUAAGCCGCCGGCUAGUUCCGAUACGACACCGAAGCCUCAGGGGAGCACCGCAACGCCCUCGGCUGCAAGUGUUGGAAAAACGACACCAACGAUUCUUAAAGACGCGAAACCAACAGCCCAAAAUAAUGACAUGCCCCAGGAAAAUCCAAAUGUACCAGCUUCUGAGCUCGCAUUGAUGUCAUCAGCUCAUCAUGCUACACCUAAACCAAAUCCAACACCUCAUGCUAUGAAUACAAUCACUGCUAAUGAGAUCGGAGUCGCAAACGUACUUAAACCUAACACAGUACCAGCCUGGGUAACGCCUAACCCAAACCAAUUUUCACAAUCUAGUUACACGGCACCACUAAAACAACAGAUACAAAGUCUGGACAAUGUGUUACGGAAGAGAAUUCAGACUCAACCCAGACCUGUUUUUGGUAGUGUACCAACAAGUUCUGUAAGACAGAAUAAUGGUUAUUCACCACUAAGUUCUGGCAGAAGUGAUGGUUAUGAGACCUGGUCGUCUUAUGGUCCAUGUAGCGUCUCUUGUGGGGUCGGGACGCGCAGACGAUCGAGAGUAUGUAGGCCUGGGUUCUACUGUAUUGGACCGGCGGCUGAGACUAGGGCCUGCAUCAAGGAACAAUGUGCUUGUGAGUAUUAAGACCUAUUCAGCAGGUUUAUACCUGUUGGAAUCUAAUUCACAUUUUGGAAAGCACACCUAGCUAGCUUUAUGGUUGGCUACGAGUACGAUUACGAUUUGCAUUUCUAUACGCAAAUUUACAUCUUUACAUAAAGUAUACGCUUAGUACGACGAGUGUUAAAAAGUGCCCAAAUUAAGAAAUGAACCAAAUCACUAAAAAGACCACCUCAAAAUUAGUAAGUAUACAAAGUUUGAAGACGUUUGCAAGAAUAUCCUUCGAAUAAUAAGCUUUCAACAAUGGUGGUGUUUACUAUAUGAAAUGUAUUGUAAUUUUUGUUUUUGGGACGUGCGUCCCAAAAACAAUCUUUUAAUCAGUAAUUUCACAAUUUUCGAAAGCUUAUUAUUCGAAGGGUAUUCAUGUAAACGUCUUCAAACUUUGUAUACUUACUAAUUUUGAGGUGGUCUAUCGAGUCAUUUGGUUCAUUUCUUAAUUUGGGCAGUUUUUAACACUCGUCCCCAGUCCUCUCAUCAACUUCGGAAUGGCUAAUUACAUACUUAUCCUACAUAGCAAAAAAACGCCCAGGCGGUAACAAUGUUAAUGAAAACAAGCUUGAACAAUAUUUUGCUGCUCAUAUUGUUAUGGUAGUUAACAAUAUUGUUCAGCAUUGUUCAGGCUGAACACUGCUGACCAACAUUGUUAACAACUUAACCAGGGACAUUAUGGGCAGCAAAAUAUUGUUCAGGCCUGUUUUCAACAACUUUGUUGCAGGCCGGGCGUGUUUUGCAGUGUAGACUAUUUUAUCUCUACAACAAUUGUGAUAUAACUUUCUUAACUGUGUUUAUUCUAACCCACCCUGUCAACUUUUCCUGUGGGUAGCCUGCGUGUCAGGCUCUAUGCUUGAAAUAUAUUUCACGCAGGCUACCCUGCGGGAGAAAACUGGAGCGCCCAGAGAAAACCCUUAUCCCACGACUCUCGGCAAAGCGUUGGCGGACUCUUUUGAUCCAAUGACUACUCCCUUAUCUGUCAUUUGAGACAAGUAACAAAAAUAUAGCCAAAUAUAUUUUACAGUUGUCACGGUCAAAUGUUCCAUUGUUUUUGGACCACAAAUUUGAGGAACAUUUGAAAACGGCAAAUUCAGGAUCUGAAAUACGAUGUAAACAGGGGAGUAACAUUAUUAUUAUUAUUAUUAUUUUUUAGCGAACUGUAUUCAUACAAUAGGAGGGACAGUGAGAGAGGGCUCGUGUUGUCAUUUCCCGUUCUCUUACAAUGGAGCACAAUAUUAUCAUUGCAUACUUAGUCCCAAGAAUAACGAAAGAAUGUGGUGUGCGACUACACCUUAUUUUGAACAAGACAAGCAGUGGGGAUACUGUCCCAGAUCUGGUAAGAAUUUAUGCUUACAUCCACAUGGCAUAUGGGCUCUGUACUAGUAACACUGGACCAAUAAAGGAUGGUUUUUUGACAGAACCAUCUUCUUGCAGCAAAAUUGGAUGACCCCUACUGAAUCUCUAGGGAGAACAGUUUAGAACUGAUAGAGCUAUCCAGUAUAAUAAAGUUAGCAAGAUUAUUACACGCAAUAAAAUAAUGUAAUGCACUGAUACUGUAAAUCUGUAAUUCCUGCUUUUCAUGUUUGAUUCCAGCUAAAGCUCCAGUACGUUCAUUUAUCAAACCAGUCAAACCGGUUACGCCAAGCCAAGAGUUCCCACAAUCGCAAACAUCCCCAUAUGACAACAAUCAAUACUACAGUAAUCCUUAUAUGACCGAAGACGACAGCAAUGUCCCAUGCAAUGCAAUGUGUUCAAGAGUGUGUGACGAAUCAUGUCCCAAACACUGCUGUUUAACAAUCAGAGCUGAUCUACCAAUGACCGCGGUAAGUUACUGGAGGGUUGUGUUACCUACAGGUUGACCUAAGAAUCACUGAUAUUUGUUCUUUGUUUAGUACAUGGGCAAUAACUACGAUAGAAAUGACAAACGAAGCAAUCUAUACCGAAGAUACAGACGAAAUUUAUCACAAGACAAAAAGAGGUUAUAA